AUGACAUUCGCAAGUCAUAUUAAACGUCAUAAGGUAAUCCAACAAAUACCAGGUUUAUUCAGUGACUAUAGCUAUCUAGACACUCCAAAGAAAUCAAAUUGGGGUUUUGCAAAACAUUUUUGCGUUUAA